AUGGAAAAUAAUAUGGUUGGGGCACCGCAGCUUGUGGAUGAGAAUGGGGAUGAGGAUGGGGAUGAGGAUGAUGAACUGGAUGAGGAUGAUGAAUUCGAUGAGGAUGAGGAUGAUGAAUUGGGUGAGGAUGAGGAAUUGGAUGAGAACGAAGGGGUCAUGCAGCCUGGACUCCUUGCUCAGCAAAUGGAAGAUAUUUACGGAAAUCCAGUCUUUGAUCCAAUGGAUCUUCAAUAUCUCGAAGGUGCGAGAGCGAUACAUCUGAUUGCAGAUUUGCAAAAACAGUUGAGGGGUCUGGCAGGACACAUGAAUGAAAUUCUAGACGCUGGGGAAGCGGGCGGAGAGGAUGGGAAUAGGAAUGGAAAGGGAAAGGGAAAGGGAAAGGAGAAGUUUCCUCUUGCACCAAUACCUCCGGCACCGCGUGUUGUCGCGAGACAGAGAGAUGGGGAGAGAAAUGGAGGAAGAGGGGAUGAGUUGUUGAGGGAUAUGGCAGAUGCGUAUCGUGCGCGCAAUGAAGCGAGGAUGAGGAGGGCAAGAGGAGUCGUGCUGCGCAGGCAGUUGGGAGAAGAACGAGAUGGGUCGGGGCUGGGGGUGGUUAGAGAAGAGGGUGGGGAUCUGCCGAUUCCUGUUUUGCCGGGUGUGAUGGCGCGGCGGGGUAAUGCGGGAAUGGGAGAGGGGGGUGGUGGAGGGGGAGAGCCCUUGGCUUUUAUACAACUUCGUGAGAGGUAUGGUCUUGGUUUAGGGGGUGAGGAUGGGGAGGGGGAUGGCGAUGGGAAUGCAAACGGAAAUGGAAAUCAGAAUCGCCUUCUGCCAAAUCCUGUUCCAAUGAAUGGAGAUGGAGAUGUUAAUGGAAAUCAGAAUCCUGGUCUCCCAAAUCCUGUUCCAAUGGAUAGAGAUGGAAAUGUUAAUGGAAAUCAGAAUCCUGGUCUCCCAAAUCCUGUCGCACGGAAUGGAGAUGUAAAUGAAGAUGCAUUUGCAGAGAGGGACAGGGAGAGGGAGAGGGAGAGAAUCCGAAGGAGAGAAGCGCACGGAGAAACGGUUCCACAUUUCCACGGAUUACUUAACCCUCAACAUGCGAAUAGAAACGGGGAUGCAGAGAGGGAGAGGGAAACAAUUCUCGAUAGAAACCAGGAACAUACUCGACAACUUCGUGAACGAAAUCGAUUACGGGGGGAGAUUGCAUAUGGAGAUGGAAUUGCAGAUGCGGCUGCGGCUGUAGAUAGGGAGAGGAUCCAAAAUGCAGGAAGAGAAGCGAUGGAAGAGGCACAAUUACUUCGUGAACAGCGUCGAUCGCAGUUUGAGAUUAUGUAUGGGAAUGCAAAUGGAAAUGGAAAUGGACAUGGACAUGGGAAUGGAAAUCGGAAUGGAAAUUAUUAUGCUGCUCAAUUUCCUAACUAUCCUCCUCCUCCUCCUCUUCAACCUCCACCUCAACCUCGAUCUCCAGUUGCUGGACCCCCUCGGCUAGAAAUUGGAAAUGCGGGGGAAAUUAGAGGGAUUGUGGAGAAUUCUCCUGCUCCUCCUGUUCCUGCUCCUGCUCCUGCUCCUGCUCCUGCUCCUGCUCCUGUUCCUGCUCCUCUUUGGGCUCAGUAUCAAAAUGUCCUGGGGAGGAAUAGAGGAGUGUUUAUUAGGCAUGAGAGACGAAGGGGUUUUAUUGAUGGAGGAGGUUUUGCUUUUGCAGGUGUAGGGGGAGGUGCAGGUGGAGGUGGAGGUGCAGGUGGAGAAGAACAUCUUCCUCCUGGUAGGAAUUUGUAUGCUGGUUGGGAAUUGAAGAGGAAGAGAGAGGUGGAGGGGAUUACGGCGGGGAUUCCGAGUCCGGGGGAGGAUGUGUUUAGUGAUGAGGAGGGUGGGGUGGAGGGGAAGGAGGGGAAGGAGGGGAAGGAUGGGAAGGAGGGGAAGGAGGGGAAGGAGGGGAAGUGA